UUUGGCUUCCCGCUUUAGUUGCGUUUCGAGUGUUGUGCCCGUAGCGUGUACCUUUCGGUGCGUCGUCGCCGCUGUUGCGUCUUACCCAAGCGAAGCGAAAUAGAAAAGUGCCCAGAAAAAAAAGGAAGCAAAACGUGUCCUGCAGGCUCGUUCGCACACGAUUAUCAUUUUUUGAGUGCGUGCUCGCGUGUGCGUGUGAGUCGGAUUCAACUGGCGCUUUUGACAGGAGUGUAACAGAAAAAAACAAGAUCUCAAGCGGAAAAGUUAAUGAUACAAACAAACAAUACGACAGCAACAAACAAAAUUAAACUCUCCGUGUGGCCCCUUGUUUGGUGCGUGUGGAUGUGUGCGUGCGUACGGUGUCAUCGAGAUAACCCAGAGUGUGUGUGUGUGUGAUUAGUGUGUGAGUGCUGGCUCCUAACGCGGGACGCACCUGACGCAGUGUGUGUGUUUUUGUUGCGUUUACGGGGGAGUUUUUGCUUCCUUUCUUUCUUUCUGCCGUCCUCACCACUUCGGUCUCUGCACGUGUCGUGUGUUUACAGCUGAUAAGCACCUGGGGCAGUGUGACACACACGCACGUUUUUGUCAGGAAGUGUGUGUGUGUGUGUGGUUGUGUGUGGCAAAAAGAAAGGCAGACAAAAAAGGAAGAAAAAAAAAACACGCACACAGCACAGCCGAAGAGUGGGAAAAACUGCAAGCAAGCAACCAAGUGCGGCCAGCGUUCAAGGUCAGGAAAAGCGCAGACCUGGUGUGUGUGUGUGUAUGUGUGCCGGUCCCCGAUUCAACGGCAAGAGUAUUUAGCGUAAACCCCCCAUUACCCCCGCUUCGCGCCACAUCCACUUUCGGGGCAGAAUAAAUGUUAAUUUUUGGAGCACAGUUUUUCAGUAUGAGGUGUGUUUGCGUACGUGUCUAGUGAAGGAGUGAGCGGGUUCUUUUUGUUGUUGUUAUUGUUAGCAUCUCUCUCGCACCCAACUUGCGCCCCGAUUCGAUUGGCCCGCGUUGGCCCAGUUUGGUGUGCCGGCCCGCGUACAAGAGUGCUGCAAUUCAAAAGAAUAGUGUUUACUAGGCGUGUGCCUGGCGUGUGAGUGUGUGUCUGUGGUAAGGUGAAAAGGAAACAGGGGGCGGGGAAAAGGGCAGCCGUAUCGCUCUGACGCGCGGCCAUCACACAGCGCCGAUUGCAUGAAGAUUGAACACGAAGCGGACGAUUGUAAGCUGCUCCAGUAUAAGCGACAACUUUACCUAGACAGUGGACUGGGAGCCAGCACCAUUACGGCAAGGUGGACACAGAUGGGUCCCGGACCAACGGCCGGUUCGUUGGUCCCGGACGACACCAACGGUUCCGGCGUGGACGGCGGCAAGCAUUUGGACGUCGGCGACAUGAGCGAUGACGACGAACAGGAUCUGUCGUCGGCGGAUGCCGAGGGCGUUUGGAGUCCGGACAUCGAACAGAGCUUCCAGGAGGCGCUAGCCAUCUAUCCACCGUGCGGUCGCCGAAAAAUCAUCCUCUCCGAGGAGGGCAAAAUGUAUGGUCGCAAUGAACUGAUCGCUCGCUAUAUCAAAUUACGCACCGGCAAGACGAGAACCCGGAAGCAGGUCAGCUCGCACAUACAAGUAUUAGCCAGACGGAAGCUGCGCGAGUUCCAGGCCAAGAUGAAAGUGCAAUUCUGGCAGCCGGGCCUGCAGCCGAGCACCUCCCAGGACGUGAAACCGUUCGCCCAGCCCGGCUACCCGAUGAAGACGGCGACCGCCGUCUCCGAAGGCGCCCUGCAGCCCGCCCACCCGUGGGAGGGACGCGCGAUCGCGACGCACAAGUUCCGGCUGGUCGAGUACAGCGCCUAUCUGGAGCUGCGUGCCGAAGAAACGUAUCACAAGCACCUGUUCGUGCACAUAGCGGACACGCCCGCCAACCCGCUGCUGGAGUCGGUGGAGGUGAAGGAGAUCUACGACAAGUUCCCGCAAAAGUCCGGCGGCCUCAAGGAGCUGUACGAGAAGGGUCCGAGCAAUGCGUUCUUCCUGGUGAAGUUCUGGGCGGACCUGAACACGAACAUCGCGAACGAUGCGGGCGCGUUCUACGGCGUCAGCAGUCACUACGAGAGCAACGAUAACAUGGUGAUCACCUGCUCGACCAAGGUGUGCUCGUUCGGCAAGCAGGUGGUGGAGAAGGUGGAAACGGAAUACUCCCGCAUCGAGAACGGUCGCUACGUGUACCGGAUCAGCCGGUCGCCGAUGUGCGACUACAUGAUCAACUUCAUCAACAAGCUGAAGCACCUUCCCGAGAAGUACAUGAUGAACAGCGUGCUGGAGAACUUCACCAUCCUGCAGGUUAUAUCCAACAAAGACACGGACGAGACGCUCCUGUGCGUGGCGUUCGUGUUCGAGGUGUCGACCUCCGAGCACGGUGCGCAGCACCAUAUCUACCGCCUGGUGAAGGAAUAGCAGCAGCAGCAGCAGCAGCAGCAGCAGCAGCACUACCACCAGCAGCAAGAUAUCCAUCACCGCGUGCACCAUAGACUACUAGACCACACCAGCGACAGCAUU